UCAGGAAAAUGCUUUUCUAUUCAAACUCAUGGUAGUCAGGUGGAUAUUCACCCUCUUCUCAAAUGUAAUGGAAAUUCAGUCAAUGUAACCUGAAGGAAAUUUUCUCCAAUUUAAGGGAAUGAAAGAAUUUGAUAGUCUUAAACAUUACUUACAAGAUUGUCAAGGCUUGGUCAGUGUCUGACUCAAAGACACAAAGGUGUGGUAGAUAAAGUGUGGUGGUUUUGAGAUUGAUGCUGAAAAAAAAAAAAAAAUCUCAGAAUCUACCCUAAACAUUUGAGUCUUAUCUUCCAAUUUGAUUAAAGCGAACCAUAGCUUUUGUUUCCAUACACACUGUUUGCUCUUUCAUUUUAUGAAGGAACCCCUGCUCUGUUUAUGGAGUUGUCCGAGCCUUAUUCUAACCCAGCGGUGGUGCCACCUGGUUUAGAGUACCUAACACAGAUUGACCAGAUAUUAAUCCAUCAACAGAUUGAGCUCCUUGAGGCCAUUAUUGGCUAUGAGACUAAUAACCAGUACGAGAUUAAGAACAGCAUGGGUCAAAAGAUAUAUAAUGCUAAAGAACAGAAUGACUGCUGCACACGUAAUUUCUGCGGCCCUCUCCGGAGCUUUGAACUGAAGAUAACGGAUAAUUUUGAUCAGGAAGUGAUUCACAUAAUCAGGCCUUACCGCUGCACUUCCUGCUGUUUCCCCUGCUGUCUUCAAGAGAUGGAGGUACAGGCUCCACCAGGUAAUACAAUAGGCUACAUCAGUCAAGACUGGCACAUGUUUAAGCCCAAGUUCUCUGUCUUAGACAUGUCCAAAACAAAGGUGCUGUCUAUUGAGGGGCCUGUGUGUGCGAUCAGUUGCUGUGGGGAUGUGGAUUUUGAAAUUCAUGGUAAAGAAGGCCAAUCUGUAGGUUGUAUCAGUAAACAGUGGAGUGGCAUGAUAAAAGAGGGACUGACUGAUUCAGAUAAUUUUGGCAUUAACUUUCCCAUGGACCUUGAUGUGAGGAUGAAAGCAGUUCUAAUGGGGGCAUGUUUUCUUAUAGACUACAUGUUCUUUGAGAAGAAGGGUGACUCAGGACAGCGGUGCAGUGUGUUUGGCUGAUUCUAUAACACUAUGUAACACAAUUUUUGUUCCUGGGUAGUAAGUGUUAU